AUGAAGUCAGUUUUUUUCGUGGUUACGCUUGCACUGUGCUUAGGACUAGCUUCUUCCACUUCGAAGCAGCCAGUGAUGACUAUCCAGAGUUCGGAUGGUGAUGUAAUUGAUUGCAUCCACAUCAGAGAGCAGCCAGCUUUUGAUGACCCGCUCAUGGAGAGUCACGUUAUUCAGUUUUGUUUUUCUAAAGUUGGUUUAGGUAAUAACUUUAAAAACAGUGACUUAUGGUUCUUAUACGCAUCCGCAGGAUUACUUUAUAUACUCAACAAAACAGAAAAAAGAAGAGUUUGGCAGGUAUGGAACCAAAAUGGGACGAGCUAUCCUGACCAGACCAUAUGCACAAUAAUCUACGCCAUUGGAGAGGUAAUCUACCUGCGCGGAGUAUAUGGAGCGGUGGCUACGAUGAGUGUCUGGAGUCUAUCAGUCCAACAAGGGGCAAACGAGUUCAGUUUGUCCCAAGUUUGGCUGGUGGCGGGACAAUACAACGGAUCUGAUCUUAACACAUUAGAAGCUGGUUGGCAGGUAUUUUCUGAUCAUUAUCUUAACAACCAGCCCCGACUCUUCGUCUACUGGACGCCGGACACGUAUCAGAAGAGAGGGUGUCUUAACCUUGAGUGCUUUGGCUUUGUACAAGUCAGUAGCCAAUUCUCAUUGGGGAGUGCAAUUGCUCCUACCUCGUCUUACGGCGGCAGCCAGUUCGACGUGACCAUGUUUAUUUGGAAGAAUGCUAACGACGGGAAUUGGUGGCUUAAUAUUGACUCAUCACUGAUCGGGUAUUGGCCGGCAAGGCUAUUCACGCAUCUAGCUCAUGGGCCGGCGCGGUUGGUACAGUGGGGUGGCGAGGUUAUUAACUCAAGAAGCUACGGCCAGCAUACUACCACCGAUAUGGGUUCGGGACACUUUGCAGAGGAAGGCUUUGGCAAGGCAAGUUUCUUCCGGAACCUUAAAAUCAUUGACUACCUCUCAUACAUGCAACCAGACUGGAGUAUUAAUAUUAUUAUUAAAGCUUAG